UCCAACACGUCAAAACUCUGUUUCUUCCUAUAACUAUAACUAUAACUAUAUAGGAAGAAACAAAACAAAACAAAUACACUUCCUUCCUGCUUCUUCAGUUGAUUCUUUAUUUCUCUAUUGAUAUCAUCAUGUGGCGCUACUUCUCCAAAUUCAUUCAUUCGCCAAUUUCUCGCUUCAACCCAUCAAAAUCAAAUUCCAUUCCGGUUAAUUUUGAGAUGGGAUCUUACUGUGCUACCAGAAUUUGUAAUCUACAAACUUUAUUCAAAGGAAAAUCCAGCGGUUAUUCUACAGUAACAUCAUGUGAUUCAUUCUCUGAGGAAAAGCCAAAAGACAAUUCUGUAUCUGAUAUGUUGGUAGAUUCAUUUGGAAGGCUUCAUACUUAUUUGAGAAUAUCACUAACAGAGAGGUGUAAUUUAAGGUGUCAGUAUUGUAUGCCAGCAGAGGGUGUGGAGCUUACUCCUACUCCUAAGGUUUUGACAAAAAUCGAGAUUCUCAGAUUGGCUGAUCUCUUUGUGAGCUCCGGGGUUAAUAAAAUACGGUUGACUGGUGGAGAACCGACUGUUAGGAAGGAUAUUGAAGAUAUAUGUUAUGAAUUGUCGAGUUUAAAGGGAUUGAAGACACUUUCCAUGACUACUAAUGGUAUUGUCCUGGCUAGAAAACUUCCGAAGCUCAAAGAAUGUGGACUUGAUUCUUUGAACAUUAGUCUAGACACUCUUGUGCCGGCAAAGUUUGAGCUUAUGACGAGGCGCAAAGGGCAUGAAAAAGUAAUGGAUUCUAUUAAUGCUGCCGUUGACCUUGGUUAUAAUCCUGUUAAGGUCAAUUGUGUUGUAAUGCGUGGAUUCAAUGACGACGAAAUAUGUGACUUUGUUGAGCUGACACGUGAAAAGCCUAUUAACAUUCGGUUUAUUGAGUUCAUGCCUUUUGAUGGGAAUGUUUGGAAUGUCAAGAAACUUGUACCGUACUCAGAGAUGUUGGAUACUGUGGCGAAACGGUAUCCUAGCUUAAAAAGAAAUCAGGAUCACCCAACAGAUACGGCCAAGAAUUUCAUGAUAGAUGGACAUAAAGGACAAGUUUCAUUUAUCACAUCAAUGACUGAGCAUUUCUGUGCUGGUUGCAAUAGAUUGCGACUACUAGCAGAUGGGAACUUAAAAGUUUGUUUGUUUGGUCCUUCAGAGGUAAGCUUAAGAGAUCCCUUGCGGAAUGGUGCAGAGGAUCAUGAACUUAGGGAGAUAAUCGGCGCAGCGGUGAAGAGGAAGAAACCUUCACAUGCCGGUAUGUUUGACAUAGCGAAGACAGCAAAUAGGCCUAUGAUACAUAUUGGAGGAUAAGGUAUCUUAUAUUGUUGAAAAUCGUGUAAAACGCAAGCCACCAGAGCAGCCCCAACCAAAAACAGUUUGAAUUGAGCAUCGGCCGAAAUCUUCACAGAUGAUUAAUCUCACUUAGUAUGGGGUGAUACAAUUUUGUGAAUCAUACCAUUAGCAUAUAUUUUGUUGAACAUUUGGGUCUACUUUUAGCAAAUAGAUAAAAAGUUUGAAGAAUAAAGGUCCCAUUGAUGAGUAUAUUAGUGAAUAAUGCUUAAAAAUGGCUUCCUGUUGUAUUUAUAUUUAUGAUGAGUAACAUAGCAAAUUGGAAUUUUGAGAAGGUUCACAAUUGAUACCUGUUAUAAAUGAAUAUAUAUCUUGUGUUUGGUGGUUAGUUUUUCUGCCAGCAUAGGGACACAUUUCGGUA